GAAUGGCGAAGUCAGCGAGUCACAUAUUUGGUGUCAACCGGAAUAAAUUACCAGGCGGACUGAUGUUCACGUUGGUGAAGGGGUCAAAUGUUUUGAGGAUGUGCUGUUAGUGUCCUCAAGAUGUCAAGUUUCUCUAGAUCUGCUCAGCAAUGGGCAACCUUUGCUCGCUCCUGGUUCCUGAUCGAUGCUAGGAUGCAGCCUCCAGGGAAGAUCGCUUCCAUGUGCUCUAUUCGAUUACAGGGGAAACACAAGCCCAUCUACCAUGCCAUGAGUGAUAUUGGUGACCAUGUUGUUGUAAUUAACUCACGACACAUCGCUUUCUCUGGAAACAAAUGGGAGCAGAAAGUCUACUCAUCACACACAGGGUAUCCAGGUGGAUUUAAACAACUCACAGCCACCCAAAUGCACCAAAAGGACCCAAAAGCUAUUGUGAAGUUAGCCGUUUACGGCAUGCUCCCUAAGAAUCUACUCCGACGGACAAUGAUGCAGCGGUUACACAUCUUUCCUGAUGAUAAGCUGCCAGAUGACAUCCUUGCCAACCUGACAGAGGAGCUGCCUCAGCCCAGAGAAAUCCCCAGGAAGCUCAGCGAGUACACCCAGGAAGAGAUAGAUGCCUUCCCCAGGCUGUGGACACCACCUGAGGACUACAAGAUGAAAUGAAAUCAAGGCGGCCCAACGUUACCAAAGCUCAAAGGGUUUUUUUGACGUCAGAGACACAACAAAAGCAACAUAUUGCUCUAUUUAUAUAACGCUUGACAACAUUCGAGGCUUUUUAUGGUGUUUUCAGAGGAAGAACUCAGAUUUUUUCAUUCAGAUCAAAGAACUUGUCCUUGCUAAAUUACUGCUUAGUAAUAAAAUAGUCACACAAACUCUGUGCUAUCCCUUACAUACCAUACAAAUAUGUCAGGUGUGUUAUCCCUGAUGAUAGUCCUAAAUCAUGCAGGAGCAGAUGGAGAUCUGUGGCUCCGAAAAAUUCUGCAGGUCAGUCUGAUUAGAGAAAAUACAUUUACCAGAGCAGGUUCCUGAAAGAAGCUGUAAGAGUAGAUUCUGGUGGCUUGUGGCUUCACAGCAAAACAUUUAAAAGUGCAAAUUUUUCCAGGUUAUAGUUGUGUUUUCAGUAGAAAUGUUAACAGUCUAAGCUCCUGAGCUUUGUCAUGUGCAGCGUUAUUUAAGUCUGAAUUGUUUCUUUUUAUGUGAACUGUAAAAUAGGCUAAUAAACAAUUUACUAAA